GUUUGGCCACACAGACACUAAGAAUGUUGACCCUGUUUGGCCUGCAGUGCAUCAGUGCCAGCAGUUUCUUUCGCCAUCAGCGCCGCUACACCAUCCCUGUAAUCGUUCAGGCCUGGCAGAAUGAUCAAGCCAAGAAUUUUAGUGACCUACGGGCAAUGGAUGGCGGGCUAGUUCUUGCUGGUGACUGCAGGUCAGAUUCUCCUGGGCACUGCGCAAAGUAUGGGUCAUACUCUCUGAUAGAGGACAGAGUGAACAAGGUGGUGGAUGUUCAGCUUGUUCAGAGCUCAGAGGUCCCCAACAGCUCAUGGUGUGAGCUUGAAGGGCUCAAGCGCAGUGUUGGCCUGCUGAGGGGAAACGACCUGCAUUUGGCAACGCUGAUCACGGACCGACAUCGCCAGGUUGCCAAAUGGGUGAGAGAGGAGCUGAUCCCUGAAGGGACACAGCAUUAUUUUGACGUGUGGCACAUUGCCAAAAGUCUGGGGAAGGCAUUGGAUGCAGCAUCCAAAGAGUGUGACCAACUACAGUUGUGGAGGCCAGCUAUAGUGAAUCACCUCUAUUGGACUGCAGCCUCAACCCCAGAUGGCAACCCAGCGGUCAUGGAGGCCAAAUGGAGAAGUUUAGUGAACCACAUCCAGGACAUCCAUGACCAUGACACCCCUGCCUUCUCCAGUUGUGCCCAUGGCCCUCUAGACGAAGAUCAGCGCAACAAAGAGUGGCUGGACCCAGGCUCAUUGGCAGCAGUCAAGUUGGAGAACAUAAUGAUGAGGGCUGCCUUGCUGAAAGAUGUUCGUCAGCUGUCUCCACAGCACCAGACCUUCUCCCUUGAGGCUUACCACUCCCUCAUCUUGCACUUCGCGCCCAAGCACACUGGGUUUUCAUACCUUGGGAUGUAUAGCAGGCUUCUCUUAGCGGCGCUGCAUUAUAAUCACAAUGCCAAUCGCGAGACAGCACGGAGAAGUGACGGGACGGAGAAGUACUGCGUGCGGUAUCCGCGCUUCAGAAAAGGUGCCCAUGUGGUGCGUCCCAUCAAAGAGGCAGCCUCAUACGGUUAUGCAACAUCAUUAAUGAAGGCCCUUCGGGAGAGCUACGCCAAUUCACCCGCGGUUCUUCGAGAGGUUGGCGCCAAUUUGUCCUCCGAUGCACCCGCCCCCAUCGCCAAAUCCUUCGAACAGAUUCCUAAGGAGGAGGCCAUCAGCCUCUACCUAGCCCGGCAGUCACGCUUCAAGAAAACCUAAUUUCACAUUAUUAUUUUUUUCCACGGACAAGUCCAAUGAUUUAGUUGUUAUUAUUUGCAUGAAAUUUCUUUGUAUAUAAUUCAAAAUAAUUUGGUAAUCAUUUUACCUGUGCCUUGUCAACCUCUGUGUGCGGUGUUGUCUGGGCUCACUGUGUCUGCUUGAUGUGCUUUUGCAUGUAUCACUGCAUGUAUGCAUGCAUGAAAUAGUGUGCGUGUGUGUGUGUGUGUGUGUGUGUGUGUGAGAGAAAGAGAACCAUCAACUGACCCUCGGGUAUGACUACACUAUUGCAGAAUUAAUUAGAAUUAGAAUUAAACAUUGCGGGUCUAGCCCUUCAUCAGUGUUCCUUGUAUGUUUUGUGCCUAACCAUUUUUUUAUAUAGAUUUAAUUCCAACCUGUGUCUUUGUUCAGUAACCAUUACAAGCAAUGCCAAUCAACUUUUUUUUAUCCAAAAUGCAUGUGUUCUGUGUACUUUAUAACAUUUUAAGGGCAAUUGAAUGAUCACAACAGAAUAAGCAUAACUAUUAUUUUUAUUCAUUUUCAUCCAAACAAGGCCAUUGAAAGCCCUGAUAGGUCUGUUCAUCAUUCUGGAAUUGCUGUCUGAUGGUUAAAACCACACAAGAGGGUAGAGGCUUCCUUAUACUCCUCCCUAAAACGCCAUAAGCCCAGCGUAUAGCUUGCCUGUACGCAGUGUACCGGUAUUGCCUAGGGAUAAGUAGGAAAGAUUCUUAAGUUUAAAACUCUGUAAGUAGGUUGGAAACGUCAUUUUAAGCCUGUUUCUUAUGCAUGUUUAUUGUGUAUGCAACACAUCUCCUGUCACCUAUAACUGUUGGUUCAAAUGACUCAGUGUAAAAAGAUUUGUAAAGUAAACAUAAACCAUGAACAUA